CAGGAGCAUUCGCAGGAUCAGCAGGAGAACCUCUUCAAGGUCCAGGUCCUGGUUUCAGAUUUGAUGAACUGUGCUCUGGAGAAGAGGAAAAUAAGUCAAUGUUUUCAAUGUGAUUAUGACAGACAUUUCCACCUUUCUACUGUAUGAGGCGACACGAGGCAACGUGAGGACAGCUGGGAUUUCUGCUGACAUGAUGGGAGUUUGAGAACGCAAACGGGUUUAGAACGUACAGUGAUCAGUGUGUGGGACUCUGAUCAGGCGUGUAUGUCUGUGGCAAAGGGACAUGGGAUGUGGUGCUACCAAACCCCAACCCACGGAGCUGGAGCUGAAAAGAUACGACAAAGCAAACAUUUCAGUUCCAGCUGUAACGGCGAUGCGGGCAGCUUUACUCAUCCAGCGCUGGUACCGGCAGUACGUGGCCCGCUUGGAGAUGCGACGCCGGUGCACGUGGAACAUUUUCCAGUCCAUCGAGUACGCAGGAGAGCAGGAUCAGAUCAAGCUCUACAAUUUCUUUGGCUUCCUCAUGGACCACUUCACUCCUGCAAGCAAUGAACGAAAGCUGAUCUCCCACAUAUUUCGGGAGACGGAAGUGUUCCUGGAUGCGGAAUGGGAGCGGUAUUUCUGCUACAAGGACAUUGUGGUGCCGGAGGUUUACACCGGGCCUCACCUGACGUUCCCUCUGACUGUCAGCAAUGUUACAGAUCUAGUAGAGGCCUUCAAACAAAAACAACAGCUCCAUUCUCGAUAUGUCCUCCAGCUUCUCGGGGAAACAUGGAGAUUGCUCCGGGUUCUGCCGAACAUUAACGUGGUGUCUACACGCCACAGCAAGGAGAUCACAAUCUGUGGAGACUUGCACGGACAACUUGAAGAUCUCCUGCUGGUCUUUUAUAAGAACGGCUUGCCAUCGGUGGAGACGUCGUACGUCUUUAAUGGAGACUUUGUGGAUCGAGGGAAAGACUCUAUUGAGAUCCUGCUGAUCUUGUUCGCCUUCCAAUUGGUGUAUCCCAACGAUGUCCACCUCAAUAGGGGAAAUCACGAGGACCACAUUGUCAACCUGAGGUACGGCUUCAACAAGGAGGUUCAUGGGAAGUACAGGGUUCAUGGGAAGAAGAUCCUAAAGCUGCUCCAGAAGAUAUUCAGCUGGUUGCCCUUGGCAACCGUGAUCGACCAGAAAGUGCUGAUUGUGCACGGAGGGAUCUCAGACACCACUGACCUCCAGAUCAUCGCCAAAUUGGAACGACACAGAUACGUCUCGGCUCUGAGGCCCCCGAAACGUCCUCAGCAGGCCCUAAAGCCCUCAGACAGGAACGAGGAGCGAUACAGCACGUCUAGCAGGAAACGUGUGCGCUCUUUAACGUACGAGCGACGCCCGCGGCAGACCUACUACAUUAGCACGAGCCACUCUGUGGAGGAGGAGCUUCAGGAAAGGAGGAGGUGGGCGGGGCUCAGUGCCUCCUGCGACAGGCUUAACUUCUUUUCCUCAGACUCCGACUCUGAUUCCGUCGAGGCUCCGGAGACGGACUCGGAGGAGUGGAAGCAGAUCGUCGAUUUGCUGUGGAGUGACCCGAUGCCACAGGACGGCUGCGUCCCAAACGAGGUUCGAGGAGGCGGCUGUUACUGGGGUCCCGACAUCACGCAGAAAGUCCUCGAGCGACACAACCUGCAUCUGCUUAUCCGUUCCCACGAGUGUAAACAGGACGGCUAUGAGUUCUGUCACAACCGCAGGGUUCUGACCAUUUUCUCUGCAUCUAACUACUAUGAAGUAGGCAGCAACAGAGGAGCCUAUAUAAGAUUAGGACCAGACCUAAAUCCUCAUGUCAUCCAGUACCAGGCCAGCAGAUCCACCAGAGAGCUGACCUUGAGACAGAGUGUUGGACGGACAGAGCGUUCGGCUCUACGAGCCUUGAGAGAGCAACUCUUUGCCCACAUGUCAGACCUCAUCAGUGCCUUCCAAGAGUAUGACCCAGGGCACACAGGUGUGAUCUCGAUGAAGCACUGGGCCGCUGCACUGGAGUCGGUGUUGCGACUUGGCCUGCCGUGGAGAGUCCUGAGAUCCCAGCUGGUGGGCUGCAACACGCAGGACGGCACGCUCAACUACCAUGACUGGUUCCGAGAGCUUGACAUCACCGAGCCCAACAAUGAGCUUGCUCAUACAGGGCUCCUGGAAACAAUGUACAGACAUCACUCCAACCUGGAGACCAUCUUCCGAAUUAUAGACACAGAUCACUCAGGACUCAUCUCAUUGGAGGAGUUCCGCCAGACAUGGAAGCUGCUGAGCUCCCACUUGAAGAUGGAGAUCAGCGAUGAAGCCAUAUCAGACCUGGCCAUAAGCAUCGACUUCAACAGGGACGGCAGCAUUGACAUUAACGAGUUCAUGGAGGCCUUUAGGCUGGUGGAGAGCACGGUCGGAGUGGUGACCUCUGACCAUAUGCAGACUCAAAGCCCCUCAUAGAACAAGUGCUGACCAAGUGACCAAGACCAAGUGACAUGGGAACAUAAAAGCUUUGUUUUAUACACCAGUCUUUUGAUUGUACAGGUGGAGGGGUUUGGAUUCGAGACUCGGAUCAUGACAUCAAUCAGAAAUGGUCCGAGAUGUUUCAGCUGAUCCGUGGACAUCAAAUUUGAUAUGCAUGGACUGCAAUGAACUUAUCUUAUCCGGACGAAUCUGAUCUCUUGUGUUGAAAAUGAAUACCGAAACAACUAUUCUGGAUGUCAAAAAGGUCAAAACCUGUGCAGUUUAUGCACCAAAGGUUGUGGUCUUAUGGUCCUCUUAUGCCAGGUGUCUACAAACCUUUGGCCAGAUAAUGUAAAUAUCCAGCUUGGGUGUAUAUUCACAGCUCUAAAUCUUAUCACACACACACGGCUCCCAGCUACCUUUGCCAACAGAUGAAAGGCCAUAAUCUAAAACCGAUAGCAUGAAUAAUGUUUUCUUGUUUUCCAGCUGCCACUCAAGGACAAACACAAGGUCACAGUGAGGGGUGAACAAGGUCACAUCGACACACAUUUACACCCCUGUUACCAUCCAGGUGUCCAAACUCACUCUUGGAGACACAAUCUCUUGUGCUUUCCAGGAAAACAGAGAAACAAAGACGCAUAAUGAGAAGAACAAGAUACAAAACUAGAACCAAAAAUAAAAAAAGCAA